AUGUCCAACUUGAACAGAUCCACUGCUGUCCCUGCUUUUUAUGAUCAAGAGCCUGGCGCUCCACCACCCCUCCCUCCUAUGCUGACAGACCAGCUCGAAUUAUUUAGCUGUACUCGCCACUCAACUACGCUCAUUGCCGACGAGAUUCUUCCUUCCAGAAUCAGCACUGCCGUUCCUUCUACUCAGCGCACUAAACAGCCGCAGGCCAAGGACACGCCUGGGUUCAAACUUGCAACGCGGCCGUUCAAGAACGACCGCUCUUCAUCGCCAUACUCAAAGAGAGUCUCAUGUUCCCAUUCUCAGACGCCCACACCCUCAGAUUCUUCAGGUUCAUUAGAUUCAGUGUCAGACAGUGGUUCCUCGACUUUGACUGAGAGUCUAUCGGAAGAGUCAAAGAUACCCAAGCCUCCUGGCGAACCUGGACGUCCGGGGCGUGGAGGAUACACACUCCAGGAGGCUUUAGACUGGAACCCAAAGGCAUAUACUAAGUUCAAGAAAUUCAUGCACCACCUCAUUGAAGAAAAUCUCGACACGACCAAGUGCGCCUCUUCCCAAAACCAUGCGCUCCUGAAAACCGUGCGUGAUAAGGCUGUCGACGCUUUCCCAGACUUAGAAAACUACAGUGGCUACUGGCCGCUGAAUGACAUGAUCAUGAUGCGUUUGAAGUAUACUUCGGGAUCGUGCUAG